AUGUCAUAUCACGAAAACAAAGGAUACGAAUCGGACUCCAGAGAUGAGUCAGUAGGCUAUCAAGGAGAUAAAGGAUACAUGAUGCCGUUGUCAUGGAACGAUGCUACCAAUGAAGAAUUAGAUUGGUUCGAAGACGUCAGGAAUACGCGAGCCAUUGUGCUGCGAAGACGACAAAGGUUGGGGAACCUUACAACUCCAGAAGAACAGCAGGAGCUUCGAGAGCUCGAACAUGACAUUGAAGAAAUUCGACGGGUACUCAACAAUAGCAAGGACAUCGCAAAGGACUUCGAGGACAAAUUCCUAAUGCAUACGGACCUUCCUAAAGGAAAAGCAAUACAAGUCGAUCCAAGGCCAGAGGACGCUGAAGGAUCAAACAAGGAUAAAGGACAGGAGGAAUGGAAUCCUCUUGGCAUCAAUCCAAGUCUACUAAGGAAUGGUGACUCCAGCAUUACGCCAACAUCCAGGAAGCCCUACGAUGGGUUAGGAUUAUGGAAAGGAGUCAGGACGACACCUUUAACCAGGACAUCCUCAGAAGGAGGAAGGCCAGUAAUGCCAGUCAGAAUGCCAAUAAGGCCACAGUCGGCCAUGGCACAAACAAGUAACUUGGGAACUACUAGCCCAAAAUCUCAUCAAAGCAUGUGGCAGGAAUAUCUCCUGGAAAUGAAUCUAUAUGCGCUGUAUAAUUCUGCACAACCAGAAUCAGAAAAGGAGGAAUUACAGCUAGGGGAGAUCUGA